UCGCGAGACAAAGAGAGCCAGGUGAAGCUUGAGUGUGGAGUGCAACUGUAAAAUCGGAUGACAGAUGGACAGUGUGACAAGAACGUCAGAGAGGAUUGGGCCUCGCCGUGAGAGGCAGCCUGGAGUCAGCGUGCUGACAAGUUGCUGAGAAGGAAGCCAGAGGGACCUGUGGCACACAGAAGCAGAGACCGUCUGCAGCCACGCCAUUGAUGGAGGACAGAUGGACAGCCGGAUGGCCAGUGAGCUCUCCUCUUAAACCUUCGGAGAGUGGCCCCUUGUCCUCUGCCGGACACCUAGUGGGAAUUUUAACACACUCUCCGAACUCCUGUUCUGUCCAAACGCAAACUUAGACUGCAGUGUGCCACCAGACUCAUCCAUUGCGGGGUGCCCUCUGCAAGCAUGAGUGCCGAGGGCUACCAGUACAGAGCGCUGUACGACUAUAAGAAGGAGAGGGAAGAAGAUAUCGACCUCCACCUGGGGGACAUACUGACUGUGAACAAAGGGUCCUUGGUUGCGCUUGGAUUCAGUGAUGGACAGGAAGCCCGGCCAGAAGAAAUUGGCUGGUUAAAUGGCUAUAAUGAAACCACCGGGGAGAGGGGGGACUUCCCGGGAACUUACGUUGAGUAUAUUGGAAGGAAAAAAAUCUCACCUCCCACUCCAAAGCCCAGGCCACCUCGACCCCUUCCUGUUGCACCAGGUUCUUCAAAAACUGAAGCAGACAUUGAACAACAAGCUUUGACCCUUCCAGAUCUGGCAGAGCAAUUUGCACCUCCUGACAUUGCCCCGCCUCUCCUUGUCAAGCUGGUGGAAGCCAUUGAAAAGAAAGGUCUGGAAUGUGCAACUCUAUACAGGACACAGAGCUCCAGCAACCCUGCAGAAUUACGGCAGCUUCUUGACUGUGAUGCUGCCUCCGUGGACUUAGAAAUGGUCGAUGUGCAAGUUCUAGCAGACGCUUUUAAACGCUAUCUCCUGGACUUACCAAACCCUGUCAUUCCAGUAAACGUUUACAGUGAAAUGAUUUCUUUAGUCCAAGAAGUACAAAGCUCUGAAGAGUACAUCCAGCUCUUGAAGAAGCUCAUUAGGUCGCCUACCAUACCUCAUCAGUAUUGGCUUACGCUUCAGUAUUUGCUAAAGCAUUUCUUCAAGCUCUCUCAAUCUUCCAGCAAAAAUCUUUUGAGCGCAAGAGUGCUCGCUGAAAUUUUUAGCCCUAUGCUUUUCAGAUUCCCAGCAGCCAGCUCUGAUAGUACUGAAAACCUCAUAAAAGUUAUAGAAAUUUUAAUCUCAACUGAGUGGAAUGAACGACAGCCGGCACCAGCGCUGCCUCCUAAGCCACCCAAACCCACCACGGUAGCCAACAACGGUAUGAAUAACAAUAUGUCCUUACAAGAUGCCGAAUGGUACUGGGGAGAUAUCUCGAGGGAAGAAGUGAAUGAGAAACUUCGAGAUACAGCAGAUGGAACCUUUUUGGUACGAGAUGCGUCUACUAAAAUGCAUGGUGAUUAUACGCUUACACUGAGGAAAGGAGGGAAUAACAAAUUAAUCAAGAUAUUUCACCGAGAUGGAAAAUAUGGCUUCUCUGACCCAUUAACCUUCAAUUCUGUGGUUGAACUAAUAAACCACUACCGGAAUGAAUCUCUAGCUCAGUACAAUCCCAAGCUGGAUGUGAAGUUGCUGUAUCCAGUAUCCAAAUACCAACAGGAUCAGGUUGUCAAAGAAGAUAACAUUGAAGCUGUAGGAAAAAAAUUACAUGAAUAUAACACUCAAUUUCAAGAAAAAAGUCGAGAAUAUGAUAGAUUAUAUGAAGAAUAUACCCGUACUUCCCAGGAGAUCCAAAUGAAAAGAACAGCUAUUGAAGCAUUUAAUGAAACCAUAAAAAUAUUUGAAGAACAGUGCCAGACCCAGGAGCGGUAUAGCAAAGAAUACAUAGAAAAGUUUAAACGUGAAGGCAAUGAGAAAGAAAUACAGAGGAUUAUGCAUAAUUACGAUAAGUUAAAGUCACGGAUCAGUGAAAUCAUUGACAGCAGAAGAAGAUUGGAGGAAGACUUGAAAAAGCAGGCAGCUGAGUAUCGAGAGAUUGACAAACGGAUGAACAGCAUUAAGCCGGACCUCAUCCAGCUCAGAAAGACGAGAGACCAGUACUUGAUGUGGUUGACUCAGAAAGGCGUCCGGCAGAAGAAGUUGAAUGAAUGGUUGGGCAAUGAGAACACGGAAGACCAAUAUUCACUGGUGGAAGAUGAUGAGGACUUGCCCCACCAUGAUGAGAAGACGUGGAAUGUCGGCAGCAGCAACCGCAACAAAGCUGAAAACCUACUGCGAGGGAAGCGCGACGGCACUUUUCUUGUCCGGGAGAGCAGUAAGCAAGGCUGCUAUGCCUGCUCUGUGGUGGUGGAUGGUGAGGUCAAGCAUUGCGUCAUCAACAAAACGGCGACCGGCUAUGGCUUCGCGGAGCCCUAUAACCUGUACAGCUCCCUGAAGGAACUGGUGCUUCAUUACCAACACACCUCCCUCGUGCAGCACAACGACUCCCUCAACGUCACACUAGCAUACCCGGUAUAUGCACAGCAGAGGCGAUGAGCGCUGCCCUCCGAUCCUGUUCCUGACCUUCAGCCACCCGAGGCCUCUGGGAAGCAAAGGGCUCUUCUUCAGCCUGACCUGUGAAUUGAGCUGCGGAAACGAAGCCUUCGUCUCUCUGCAGAUGGGACUAGAGCUUUCUUGGACAAAAAGAAGUAGAGAGAAGGCACCCAGCCCAGGGUUGCAGGAUGAUCAGUUGUUUCUAACCUGGAACUGCUUAUCUUUUUUUUUUUUAAUUUUGGUUUAAUUUAAAGCCACAAUACAACACAAAGAGAAAAAGAAAUGCAACAAUCUCUGCGUGCAGGGACAAAGAGGCCUUUAACCAUGGUGCUUGUUAAUGCUUUCUGAAGCUUUACCAGCUCAAAGUUGGGACUUUGGAAACCAGAAGAAAGAUGGGGCUGAGGAGCCCAUGCCUGAGGGUGCUGGGUCCAGCCCGGUGUAGCCAGCUGUCGCUGUGCACGGUGAGCCCAGACGCGUCGCACUGUGGAUUAUUUCAUUGUCUAACAAGUGAAUGAAAUGUAGCAGAAAGGCACUUCCGCUCACGAGGGACUCUUCGGGAGGACAUCGGUUCACGUACAUUCAGAGGAAAAGCUAUUGUAGCAAAGUGCCAGAAAGUGUUUAAACUUGUCAAAACAGAAAACAACCCACCAACAGAAAAACGGAGCUCGGAAAACAGGACUUUAAGUGACAUUCAGUAUAUAAAAUAUGUACAUAAUAUUGGGUGACUAACUUCAAGUAGAUGGAUUUGUAUCAAUACCAAAUAGCUUCUGUUUUGUUUUGCUGAAGGCUAAAUGCACAGCGCUAUGCAAUUCUUAAUUUUCAUUAAGUUGUUAUCACUUUAAAAUGUACUUUCAGAAUAAGCUUCCCCCACCCCAGUUUUUGUUGCUUGAAAAUAUUGUUGUCCCUGAUUUUUGUUAAUAUUUGUUUUGUUACUUUUUUUUUAAAAGAAAUGUACAGAAUGCCAGUAAAAAAGGCUUCAGAUUUAAAACUAUGAAAUAUUUUACAGUUUUUCUUGUACAGAGUACUUGGCUGUUAGCCCAAGGUUAAAAAGUUCAUAACAGAUUUUUUUUUUUUUUUGGACUAAAUGUUUUGUUGGGCAGUGCCUGAUAAGCUUCAAAGCUGCUUUAUUCAAUAAAAAAAGAGAAAGAUGUAUGACUAUGACAAAGUAUCGCUGAGUCCAACAAUGUUGUUUUAAGACUCUUAAAAUACGGUACCUGGCAAUGUUGUUUUCUAAUGAAUUGUGAACUUCUUGAAUCUAGGGAGCGGGGAUGUUGUACCAGGUGGGGUGUGGGAGGGGAUGGUGAGGCACUUUCUCAUAACUACAGAGAAGUGAAUAACUGCAACGUGAAAUUGCUUAUAUUUCAGUCUUUUCCCACUUUGACUUGCUAGUUGGUGUCAAGUAGUGACAGUUACAAACCUACUGUAAUUCUUAACCCAGUGCAGCUGGCCUGGUUUUUUUUUUUUGUUCCUAGGAAGGAAGAGCUCAGAGUCUGUCUUUGGAUUCCUGGAACAGCGUUCCCCUUUGUUUAGGACACUGGUUUCAAGGUAUAAUCUCUGCAUUUUAGAACAUGUGUUGUUUCUCUUUCUAACAUGAAAGUAGUCACGACAACCAACUAACAUUCAUUUUAGAAGAAAAAAAAAAAACACGAUCUGAAAAAAAUAUUUUUAGCUGGGUGUUUGUUAUUUUCCUAGCUUUUCACUCAAUUUAGAACACAUAGCAAGGAGACACAGCACGUGGCUACCGCUGUGGGCUGUGUGGAGCUUGUUCAAGCCAUGGCCAUUGGAGGACUCCAAAGGAGGAACCUUCUCGUUCACCCAAGUAAUUGUGUGUUCUGCUUCACUCUGGGGAAAGGCAAGGGGUGGAGGUGUCGUCCUUCCAACUUAGGGUGGCAGUGAGAGUUCUCCCUCACAAAUUUGCAUAUGCAAAAGCUGUUGUGUUGGAGGACGUUGCAGAAACUGUUCAUGUGUUGGGAGCGGGAGAGGCUGUUAUAAUCAUCAUCACUGCCCUGGCAGAUGGCAGUGGGACCUCACUGUUUUCGUGUCCCUUUCUCCAUACUAAUUUCACUCACAGCUUUCUCUUCCCUUCCAAUACACAGGAGAACUUGUUUUGUCUUUUUGGUGUUCUUUAAAACUCUUGGAAGAAUCAGCCUUAGUGGCUGAGUUAUGGUCUGCAGAAUGUAUUACUUUUCUUUACAUAAAGACAGUCUUCAGCCAGACUGUCGGACCUCAGACUUGACUUCUGACCUGACCAUCCCCGUCUCAUCUCCAGACAGGUAGUGUUUUCCUUCCUUUUAGCCUGUGUCUGUGCUUUAAAACUGCUGGUGAGAUCUUGCCACAGCACACAGAAGUCUAACAGUGGUUUAUAAACUAGGUUUGUGUGUUUGUCUUGGGGGGAGGGGUGGUUUUUGGUAGCACAUUGUGUAUGCUUUACAAUACAGAUAAUUUUCAUUUAAUUUCUAAGCUAGAUCUGAGAUUGAAUGUCUCACUGAAAACUACAAUUUUGUUACAGUUUUUGCUUCAACACUCUGCUAGAUGACUUGCCAUGAGGCGGUCACCUCGCUUUUGCAUCUCACAAGCAUAAGUGCAAUAGAUCUUUCAGUGAACAAAAGGAAGAAUUUAUUGUUCCAUUCGACAGCUAGUUACAUCACACCUAUCCUGCCGAGAGGAUCUUUGAUGGCCGUGUAGCAUGCCUGCCACUGUUGCCCUUCCAGCUCUUUGGCCGUCAGGGCUCUGUGGGUCCAGUCAGUCAUGGUCUAACUUCCUCUGAGAGGCUUGUGACUCUGAAUGGAUGCAGCAGAGGGACUCCUGAUACACGCUUUAUCCAUGCAUCAGUUUUUCUCACCCAGUGUAGCACCCUAAAGACAAAGCCAGAAGCCAGCUGCAGAGAGGCUGUGAUAGGGCUGUAGAAGGGGAGCGUUAGGACCUCAUGGUCCAAACCAGAGUGAUCACAACUGCGUAAAAAGACGAAAACAAUGUGUUUGCAACAUGAUGAUGUCACCGCCCUAGAUAUAUGUAUAUAUGUAUAUGUGCAUGGACUACGUUUCCGGUACACCUUUCAGCCAAAACAGAUUCGCAGUCAGUGAGUUCAAGUACAUACCAAGCAGAUGUCUAAUACAGUUACUGUAUACGUGUAUGGGUUGCUUCUUCCUUUGAGGUUGCUUUGUUUUGUCUCAGUAAGGUGAAAAUUGUUCGCAAGUGAAGUGCAAAGUUCAUCAUUCUUUGACUUUCUGUUUUUAGAAGUUACUCCUUUUAGGGAACAGGUCUGGAUGACUCCUUCUCCUGGAAGUCUUUAUUAGUGUGUCAAGUCCAAAUGUUUGUGAGCUGUCACCGUGGGGACCCAAUUGCUUUGUCAUAUAGCUGGUUAUGAACUAGUAACGUGUUGGGAAGUUCUACUGAUGUUCCUUACUGGGAGAAAAAUUCUGCUGGUUUAACAACUGUGCUUUUGCUAUGCAUGGUAUCCAAGUCAGUUGGAAAGCAGACCCUGCUGUCUUUGAGUUUAGGGUCAAUUUAAGGAAGGGGCAGUUUCAAGCAUAAUGCCUCACAUGGGACAAAGUUCCAAAAUGCCAAAUUCUUCUUUUUAAAAAAUCAAGUUAUAUAAAAUGCUAGAAUGUUGGGUGGGGAGGGAACAGAAUUGGGUACUUGGAAGGACCAUCCAACUUAACAUUGAACUUGUCACCGUGAGAUAGCAUUAGCUGCCCAGGAUGCUGCUAUUUAAAAAAGAAAAAAAAAAAAGGAAAACAAAUAGAAAAAAACUCAUUUAUACAUGUGUAUUUUUUAAAGCUAUGAUCUGUUCAAUGUUUUUACAAAUCUGUUUAUAUGACAUUGUUAAAAUAAAGUUGGUCUUUUGACGAGAGGGAGGAUGUCAUGGUCAGGUGUAAUUUUGCCUUUACAAGGUAACUGGGGUGGGGGGUGGGGGGUGUGCCUCCUUGAUGUUUCGUUCAAGUUAUAGAUCAAUGGAGCUAUGUCUUGUUUUAAAUUGCUUUAAUGCAUUGUAUUAGGUCUUCAUACAGAAUAAAGAUUGUUUUGAAACUGAAA